AACCCCGAACCAGAAGUUCGGUGGAGAGUCUCUCUCUGCUCUUUCUCUCUCCUAUCGUUUCCUCGUUUCUUCCUUUCACUUCCAUCUUUCUGGGUUUUUUUUCCUUUCAUUUAAGGACUCGGUUCUAAUAAGUUUACCAAAUUUUACCCCCACAAGAAAGAUUCGCGAAUACUAGAUCAAAAGAAGAAAAGAAAGUUGGGUUCUUUGUUUUUUCUUUCCAGGAAAAAAUGGAGUCAAAUUCAUUGAGCUUUCGAUUCUCCAAUCCUUCUUCUUUUUCCUCUUCUUCUAGGCGUCACCAAUCUCGAUCUGAUCUGUUUCUGGGAGGAGGAUAUGAAGAAGUUGACGGCGACGAGGAUUUCAAGGCGGAGUUCUUAUGUCCGUUUUGCGCUGAGGAUUUCGACAUUGUUGGGCUUUGUUGCCACAUCGAUGAGGAUCAUCCUGUUGAAGCCAAAAACGGGGUCUGCCCAGUUUGUGCAAAGAGGGUUGGAAUGGAUAUUGUUAGCCACAUUACCAUGCAACACGGAAAUUUUCUAAAGCGCAAGCGGAGAUUACGCAAGGGUGGAACCAAUUUGACAUUUGCCAUGUUGAGAAAAGAACUGCGAGAAGGAAAUUGGCAGGCCUUUCCUGGUGGAUCUUCAUGCAUUGUUUCUUCUUCCAAUGUAGAACCUGAUCCAUUAUUAUCAUCGUUUAUUUUUAAUCCACCCACAGUUGAUGAGCCUGUAAGCUUGCAGCCUCUUUCUAUUGCUGAAGCACAUGCAGUAAAGGAAAGCUCAAAUAAAGAAUUUCUAGAAAGAAAGUCUCAGCAGUCGCAACUGUCGGACAAGGACCAUGAGGAGAAGGCUCAAAGGUGUGAGUGCAUCCAAGGACUGUUGAUGUCCACUAUUCUCGAUGAUAACUUAUAAGUUAAUGGGGGUAUUUGUAGUGGAUAUGCCAAUAUAAUAUUAGGUCUGAGAGUAAAGCAUAAAGAGGGAAAGAUCUUCACUCUUACCUCGGAAAUGGAAAUCGAAUAGGUCAGCGGAACUAUGUACUCCUACUAUUGUAUUUAGAACUUUUGUGCAUAAUGGAAAGAUGGAAGAACUUCGCCUUUAUAUCUAUAAGCUUGCUUUCUUUAUAUCUAAAGAUCUGACUUAACAGAUUUAUAACUAGAUGUAAUUACAGUUGCUAUGCUAUAACAUGUUGGGCAUCA